AGCAAUCCCACCUCUUUGCUACAAGUGACGGCGUGGCUGCUGAGACUGACAGCUGGCAUAUAAAGGAACGGCAAUCUGAAAAUGACAUCACUGAUUCAUCGCAUUGCACCUGCGCAGGAACCAACAGCAGACGACACACACAAUGACGGCACCUUUGUACGCCUUCUUUCUGAGUCUAGCCAUGUCUUUUACAUCCUCUGAGGCACGUGUGCCACAGUGUCUGGACUUAUGUGACGAGUGCAGAGACUUUGCAGAUGGGGAAUACAAUGUUGGACUCUGCCAGAGGAAUUGUUUCCUCGGCAGUACGGACCCUCACUGCAGUAAGUUCCUGACUGGCAGUAUCAAAAUUGCCUCCGCCUUAAAAAUCCAAGCGUGUGUCGAUUACUGUAAGCUUUGUCAAAUCACCUACGAACAGUACGCUGGGGGAGAUUGCGUGCUCAGUUGCGAAGGUUCCGGUGGAAGAGAACAGGAUCAAAACUGUUUAAAUUACUGGCCAUGGAAAAAAUUAUGAUAACCAUAUUUUAAAAAAUACAGGAUGAUAUUUGCUGAUACUUAUCAUGCAAAGGAUUAUAAGUUAAAAAAAAAACAGGUUAUGUCAAUUGUAUUUCUUUGAUGGACGACAAAAUUUAACAAGGAGGGUUUUGAUGAUCGCAAAUUCUAAAUGCGCUUAGUGUCAAAUGAUGUUCACUGUCAAUGUUACAAACUGAAUCAAUGUGGAGGACAGGACAAGGAGUAAUUAUGUGCUUAAUCUCAAUGAAUUUAUGCACAAAAGCGAUCUAAUUACCUAUGUGACUUUACGUAAGAUUCUGGUGGCGUUAAUUCCAUUUAUUACGGGUAUCAUUUUAACAUCA